AUGGGCUCCACCCGCAGAAACCCUGGAUCACGAUCCAAAGUGGUAAGUCAAGAGCAGAGACUUACGCAAUCAGAGAGUGUAGAGCCCUCCAGCCAGCCAGAGAAAAGCAACUACAGAGAACAGACAGAGCCUAAAUAUGGAAUUGAGCAAGUGCCAGUUGCAUCACCAACAGAGGAGAUGUCUACAAUGGAGAGUCAAAAUGAACAUUUGAGCUCAUCUGAGGUUGGAAGUGCCCAGUACUCUGAUGAUGUUGUGGAGGAAGUGCAUGAAGAGGAAGUUAAGCCAGUGCACAUGCAAACAAUGCACCAAAUCUAUGAGGAGUCAGUUGAGGAAAGAACCCCCAGUUUACAAACUCUGGAAUCAGAAACAAAGUCGCCUUUUGAUUCACAACCUGUGGACAAUUCUGUGAACAUCAAAGAGGAAACUCAGUCGGGCUUCAAACUCACAGGAAACCGAAGAAAACUGGGGUCAAGCCGAAGACUUAAAGGAAGACGGCACGGCCCAGAGAUCACUGAACCAGAGGAGGAGGUUGUAGAAAAUACCUGCAGUGAUGAAGAAAAGACUGAAAAAGAAACAGUGCCAACAGAAACAGGAACAAUUAGUCAGGAAGAAUUGAAAGAGCAAACCAGCCCAGAUUUCAAUCUCACUAAGAAAAUUACAUCAGCUGUAGAGGAGCAGGAAAACACAGAAGAAAUGCCAGAGGAAGAUAUAACUCUGUCACUGAAUAUGAUGGACAACAGAACAACAGUGACAACAGACUUUCUCAAUUCUACUGAAGAAGAACGCAAAGACCCUUCCAAUAAAGACCAUUUGGCUCAGGAAACAAACACUCCAAUUGAAGUCACACCAGAUGAACCUUUUUCUGUUGCACCAAAUGAAACGGAAACAUUUGAAAUUGGUCAUGAGGAAAACACAAGAGCAAAGCCAGCUGAGAAAGAUGGGAUUUCUCCAGCAGCAGAUGCAUCUCACAGCAGAGUAGAAAUGGACAACAAAGAUGAAUCAGAUCAAAGAAACUUGGAUGUUGAUGUAGAUUUGAGAAAUCUUGACAGGGUGGAGGUGGUGGAGGAGUUAUCGUCAAUAGUCACAAAAGAGGAAAAUGCACAUUGGUCACUGAGUACUGUGGAUAAAGAAAAGGAAAUUAAUGAAACCAGUUCUGUGCACAAUGACGGACAAAAGCUGCAAAGCAAUACCUCUGACCUGCAGACGAUAGAGAGUAACAUGAUUCCAAACAGAGAUGAUUCGCUGGCUCAUCUUCCUGAUCAGUCAGAAUUCCACAAUGAUGAAUUUGUUAAUCCUGCCACAUUUGUUCAGGGAACUGAUGUAAGUGUUGGUGAGGUAGAUGUAGAUGUUAGUGCGGAGCCAACACAGCAAGAUGAUUUUAGAAGCAAUGAGAUGCAAACAACCUCUGCGGUCAUCGGUAGAAGAAAUCCAUCAAUAAAUGUGUUGCUGCCUCCAAACACUGAGGACGCUAUCAACACUGACACUGUUCUUAUAGAAGCUACACAAAGUGAUAAGCAAAUUCCAGAAGGUUUUAAAGACGGGCUUAUACAGGUCCAACCUUUCAAAUCAGUAGAGGCACCAAGUGUUGUUGUGGCAGAUCAGGAGACGUUAGAAUCUCUCAUACAAGAGCCAAACAACGCUCCUGAAGGAGCUCACAAAACCAACUUUGAGAUGAAGGAUUCAAAUCCACAUGUCAGUCCCAACAGGCGAAGAAAGAUGGGCUCCACCCGCAGAAACCAUGGAUCACGAUCCAAAGUGGAAAACUCACAUCAAGAGCAGACACAUAAACAAUCAGAGAGUGUAGAGUCCUCCAGCCAGCCAGAGAAAAGCAACUACAGAGAACAGACAGAGCCUAAAUAUGGAGUUGAGCAAGCGGAAGAUUCAUCCCCAACAGAGGAGAUGUCUACAAUGGAGAGUCAAAAUGAACAUUUGAGCUCAUCUGAGGUAGGAGAUGCCCAGCACUCUGAGGAUGUUGUGGAGGAAGUGCAUGAAGAGGAGGUAAAGCCAAUAGACAUGCAAACAAUGCAUCAAAUCGAUGAGGACUCAGUUGAGGAAAGAAACCCGUGUUUACAAACUCUGGAAUCGGAAACAAAGUCGCCUUUUGAUUCACAACCUGUGGACAAUUCUGUGAGCAUCACAGAGGAAACUCAGUCGGGUGAAAACACAAGAGCAAAGCCAGCUGAGAAAGAUGGGAUUUCUCCAGCAGCAGAUGCAUCUCACAGCCGAGGAGAAACGGACAACAAAGAUAAAACAGAUCAAAGAAACUUGGAUGUGGAAGUAGAUGUGAGAAAUCUUGACAGGGUGGAGGUGAAGGAGGUGUUAUUGUCAGUAGUCACAAAAGAGGAAAAUGCACAUUGGUCACUGAGUACUGUGGAUAAAGAAAAGGAAAUUAAUGAAACCACUUCUGUGCACAAUGACGGACAUAAGGUGCAAAGCAAUACCUCUGACCUGCAGACGAUAGAGAGUAACAUGAUUCCAAACAGAGAUGAUUCGCUGGCUCAUCUUCCUGAUCAGUCAGAAUUCCACAAUGAGGAAUUUGUUAAUUCUGCCACAUUUGUUCAGGGAACUGAUGUAAGGGCUGGUGAGGUAGAUGUAGAUGUUAGUGCGGAGCCAACACAGCAAGAUGAUUUUAGAAGCAAUGAGAUGCAAACAACCUCUGCGGUCAUCGGUAGAAGAAGCCCAUCAAUAAAUGUGUUGUUGCCUCCAAACACUGAGGAAGCUAUCAACACUGACUCUGUUAUUUUUGAAGCUACACAAAGUAAUAAGCAAAGUUCUGAAGGCAUUAAAGACAGCCUAAUACAGUACCAACCGUUCAAAUCAGUAGAGGCACCAAGUGUUGUUGUGGCAGAUCAGGAGACGUUAGAAUCUGUCAUACAAGAGCCAAACAACGCUCCUGAAGGAGCUCACAAAACCAAGUUUGAGAUGAAAGAUUCAAAUCCACAUGUCAGUCCCAACAGGCGAAGAAAGAUGGGCUCCACCCGCAGAAACCCUGGAUCACGAUCCAAAGUCGUAAGUCAAGAGCAGAGACUUACGCAAUCAGAGAGUGUAGAGCCCUCCAGCCAGCCAGAGAAAAGCAACUACAGAGAACAGACAGAGCCUAAAUAUGGAAUUGAGCAAGUGCCAGUUGCAUCACCAACAGAGGAGAUGUCUACAAUGGAGAGUCAAAAUGAACAUUUGAGCUCAUCUGAGGUUGGAUGUGCCCAGCACUCUGAUGAUGUUGUGGAGGAAGUGCAUGAAGAGGAAGUUAAGCCAGUACACAUGCAAACAAUGCACCAAAUCUAUGAGGACUCAGUUGAGGAAAGAACCCCCAGUUUACAAACUCUGGAAUCAGAAACAAAGUUGCCUUUUGAUUCACAACCUGUGGACAAUUCUGUGAGCAUCAAAGAGGAAACUCAGUCGGGCUUCAAACUCACAGGGAACAGAAGAAAACUGGGGUCAAGCCGAAGACUUAAAGGAAGACGGCACGGCCCAGAGAUCACUGAACCAGAGGAGGAGGUUGUAGAAAAUACCUGCAGUGAUGAAGAAAAGACUGAAAAAGAAACAGUGCCAACAGAAACAGGAACAAUUAGUCAGGAAGAAUUGAAAGAGCAAACCAGCCCAGAUUUCAAUCUCACUAAGAAAAUUACAUCAGCUGUAGAGGAGCAGGAAAACACAGAAGAAAUGCCAGAGGAAGAUACAACUCUGUCACUGAAUAUGAUGGACAACAGAACAACAGUGACAACAGACUUUCUCAAUUCUACUGAAGAAGAACGCAAAGACCCUUCCAAUAAAGACCAUUUGGCUCAGGAAACAAACACUCCAAUUGAAGUCACACCAGAUGAACCUUUUUCUGUUGCACCAAAUGAAACGGAAACAUUUGAAAUUGGUCAUGAGGAAAACACAAGAGCAAAGCCAGCUGAGAAAGAUGGGAUUUCUCCAGCAGCAGAUGCAUCUCACAGCAGAGUAGAAAUGGACAACAAAGAUGAAUCAGAUCAAAGAAACUUGGAUGUUGAUGUAGAUUUGAGAAAUCUUGACAGGGUGGAGGUGGUGGAGGAGUUAUCGUCAAUAGUCACAAAAGAGGAAAAUGCACAUUGGUCACUGAGUACUGUGGAUAAAGAAAAGGAAAUUAAUGAAACCAGUUCUGUGCACAAUGACGGACAAAAGCUGCAAAGCAAUACCUCUGACCUGCAGACGAUAGAGAGUAACAUGAUUCCAAACAGAGAUGAUUCGCUGGCUCAUCUUCCUGAUCAGUCAGAAUUCCACAAUGAGGAAUUUGUUAAUUCUGCCACAUUUGUUCAGAGAACUGAUGUAGGGGCUGGUGAGGUAGAUGUAGAUGUUAGUGCGGAGCCAACACAGCAAGAUGAUUUUAGAAGCAAUGAGAUGCAAACAACCUCUGCGGUCAUCGGUAGAAGAAAUCCAUCAAUAAAUGUGUUGCUGCCUCCAAACACUGAGGACGCUAUCAACACUGACACUGUUCUUAUAGAAGCUACACAAAGUGAUAAGCAAAUUCCAGAAGGUUUUAAAGACGGGCUUAUACAGGUCCAACCUUUCAAAUCAGUAGAGGCACCAAGUGUUGUUGUGGCAGAUCAGGAGACGUUAGAAUCUCUCAUACAAGAGCCAAACAACGCUCCUGAAGGAGCUCACAAAACCAACUUUGAGAUGAAGGAUUCAAAUCCACAUGUCAGUCCCAACAGGCGAAGAAAGAUGGGCUCCACCCGCAGAAACCAUGGAUCACGAUCCAAAGUGGAAAACUCACAUCAAGAGCAGACACAUAAACAAUCAGAGAGUGUAGAGUCCUCCAGCCAGCCAGAGAAAAGCAACUACAGAGAACAGACAGAGCCUAAAUAUGGAGUUGAGCAAGCGGAAGAUUCAUCCCCAACAGAGGAGAUGUCUACAAUGGAGAGUCAAAAUGAACAUUUGAGCUCAUCUGAGGUAGGAGAUGCCCAGCACUCUGAGGAUGUUGUGGAGGAAGUGCAUGAAGAGGAGGUAAAGCCAAUAGACAUGCAAACAAUGCAUCAAAUCGAUGAGGACUCAGUUGAGGAAAGAAACCCGUGUUUACAAACUCUGGAAUCGGAAACAAAGUCGCCUUUUGAUUCACAACCUGUGGACAAUUCUGUGAGCAUCACAGAGGAAACUCAGUCGGGCUUCAAACUCACAGGGAACAGAAGAAAACUGGGGUCAAGCCGAAGACUUAAAGGAAGACGGCACGGCCCAGAGAUCACUGAACCAGAGGAGGAGGUUGUAGAAAAUACCUGCAGUGAUGAAGAAAAGACUGAAAAAGAAACAGUGCCAACAGGAACAAUAAGUCAGGAAGUAUUGAAAGAGCAAACCAGCCCAGAUUUCAAUCUCACAAAAAAAAUUACAUCAGCUGUAGAGGAGCAGGAAAACACAGAAGAAAUGCCAGAGGAAGAUACAACUCUGUCACUGAAUAUGAUGGACAACAGAACAACAGUGACAACUGACUUUCUCAAUUCUACUGAAGAAGAACGCAAAGACCCUUCCAAUAAAGACCAUUUGGCUCAGGAAACAAAAACUUCAAUUGAAGUCACACCCGAUGAACCUUUUUCUGUUACACAAAAUGAAUCUGAAACAUUUGAAAUUGGUUAUGAGGAAAACACAAGAGCAAAGCUAGCUGAGAAAGAUGGGAUUUCUCCAGCAGCAGAUGCAUCUCACAGCCGAGGAGAAACGGACAACAAAGAUGAAGCAGAUCAAAGAAACUUGGAUGUGGAAGUAGGUUUGAGAAAUCUUGACAGGGUGGAGGUGGUGGAGGAGUUAUCGUCAAUAGUCACAAAAGAGGAAAAUGCACAUUGGUCACUGAGUACUGUGGAUAAAGAAAAGGAAAUUAAUGAAACCAGUUCUGUGCACAAUGACGGACAAAACCUGCAAAGCAAUACCUCUGACCUGCAGACGAUAGAGAGUAACAUGAUUCCAUACAGAGAUGAUUCCGUGGCUCUUCUUCCUGAUCAGUCAGAAUUCCACAAUGAUGAAUUUGUUAAUCCUGCCACAUUUGUUCAGGGAACUGAUGUAAGUGUUGGUGAGGUAGAUGUAGAUGUUAGUGCGGAGCCAACACAGCAAGAUGAUUUUAGAAGCAAUGAGAUGCAAACAACCUCUGUGGUCAUCGAUAGAAGAAGCCCAUCAAUAAAUGUGUUGCUGCCUCCAAAUACUGAGGACCCCAUCAACACUGACUCUGUUCUUAUAGAAGCUACACAAAGUGAUAAGCAAAGUCCAGAAGGCUUUAAAGACAGCCUAAUACAGGACCCACCUUUCAAAUCAGUAGAGGCACCAAGUGUUGUUGUGGCAGAUCAGGAGAUGUUAGAAUCUGUCAUACAAGAGCCAAACAACGCUCCUGAAGGAGCUCACAAAACCAACUUUGAGAUGAAGGAUUCAAGUCCACAUGUCAGUUCCAACAGGCGAAGAAAGAUGGGCUCCACCCGCAGAAACCUUGGAUCCCGAUCCAAAGUGGAAAAGUCACAUCAAGAGCAGACACAUACACAAUCAGAGAGUGUAGAGCCCUCCAGCCAGCCAGAGAAAAGCAGCUACAGAGAACAGACAGAGUCUAAAUAUGGAAUUGAGCAAGUGCCAGUUUCAUCACCAACAGAGAAGAUGUCUACAAUGGAGAGUCAAAAUGAGCAUUUGAGCUCAUCUGUGGUUGGAGAUGCCCAGCACUCUGAUGAUGUUGUGGAGGAAGUGCAUGAAGAGGAAGUUAAGCCAGUACACAUGCAAACAAUGCACCAAAUCGAUGAUGACUCAGUUGAGGAAAGAAACCCCUGUUUACAAACUCUGGAAUCAGACACAAUGCCGCUUUUUGAUUCACAACCUGUGUACAAUUCUUUGAGCAUCAAAGAGGAAACUCACUCGGAAUUCAAAAUCACAGGGAACAGAAGAAAACUGGGGUCAAGCCGAAGACUUAAAGGAAGACGGCACGGCCCAGAGAUCACUGAACCAGAAGAGGAGGUUGUAGAAAAUACCUGCAGUGAUGAUGGAAAGACUGAAAAAGAAACAGUGCCAACAGGAAAAAUAAGUCAGGAAGAAUUGAAAGGGCAAACCAGCCCAGACUUCAAACUCACUACGGAAAUGACAUCAGCUGUAGAGGACUCUGUUAUUAUAGAAGCUACACAAAGUGAUAGGCAAAGUCCAGAAGGCAUUCAAGAAGGCCUAAUACAGGACCAACCUUUAAAAUUAGUAGAGGUACCAAGUGUUGUUGUGGCAGAUCAGGAGACGUUAGAAUCCGUCAUACAAGAGCCAAACAACGCUCCUGAAGGAGCUCACAUAACAAACUUUGAGAUGAAGGAUUCAAGUCCACACGUCAGUUCACCCAACAGGCGAAGAAAGAUGGGCUCCACCCGCAGAAACCUUGGGUCGCGAUCCAAAGCAGAUAAUUCAAAUCAAAAGCAAGAGGUGGAUAAAGAGGAUGUAAAUGUUGGCGAUGUUUCUCCUGAAAGUGACUCAGUAAUCACUGAAAAACAGCCACCGAUAAAUGAUCAGCAGGAAAACAGUGACUCUGAGCAAAGGAAAGAGAAGGUGUUUGAAACAGUGGAAUUGAGUCACACUGGCGAAUCUCAGGGGAAAGCUCCAGCUCAGCAAACACUCAAAGAAAAUCCUGAUUCUCUCAGUCAACAAGCAGAAACAGAGCCUCAUCUAACCCCAGAGUACCUCACUGCAAUAUCCCCUCAUGAUAAACAUGAUGAUACGUCAGAAUCAGCAGCUGGAGGGAGAAGAAGAAAGAUGGGAUCUAGCCGGAAGUCACGUGGACCUCAAAAGGAUGACGACAGCAUGAUGAGUGCACAAAAAGAGAGAGAUGCCAUUCUGACUGAUGAAAGUUUCCACAAGACAAGUCAGGAGCACAGAGACGAGUCUUCGGCCCUGGAUGAAAAACUAGAGGUGGAGGAAAGUGUGAAACAAUCAUCAUCUGGCAUCAGCGUCUCAAACGCAGCAAAGCACUCAAGGCCUCUGAGUGGGAAGGCACCUGAAAGAGGGACUCCGGUUCAACGGCACGAUGCUGAAAUGCACCUGACACAAGAGAGUCAAAAGACUUUUUCUUUGGCGGGUGAUUCCAAAGGAGCAGUCAUUGGAUCCAAACGUUAUAACGUGAUGCUGGUUGGAGACAGCAGCGUAGGCAAGACCUCCCUGAUGCAAAGAGCCCAAAGUGGGAAGUUUUCUUUCGAAAUACCCGCCUCUAUCGGCCUUGACACCUCUUUGUGGACUGUGGUGGUGGAUGGAAAGCCUGUGGUGCUCCAGUUAUGGGACACAGCAGGUCAGGAAAGGUUUCACAGCAUCACCAGGCAGGUCUUUCAUAAAGCCCAGGCGUUUCUCUUGAUGUACGACAUCACGUGUUCUCAGAGCUUCACCGCCAUCAGCUACUGGGCAAACUGCAUCCAGGAAGCUGCACCAGAAGACGUGACCAUUUUACUUCUUGGGAAUAAGAGUGAUAGUGGAAAACGCCAGGUUAACACUGAGGAGGGAGAAAUCCUCGCUAAGGAGUACAACUUUGAAUUCAUGGAGUGUAGCGCUGCCACAGGUGAUAACGUGAUUCACUCUCUGGAAACUGUCGCCAGGAUGUUGAGUGAAAAAGAUGACACAAGUGAGGAAGCCAUGGUGUUACACAAAGAGCCCCCCCGGAGCAAAAGGUCAGGAUGUUGCUGAACUUGUGACGAUGGAGAAACUCGGAUCCAAGUGGAGGUUCUGCAUUCAGUGCUCAUCACAAUUGUUCUUCUAAUCCAUGGUUACAUUUCCUUUUUACGUAUGCCUUCGGACAUUUUAGUAUUUCUACCAAGCCUGAACAGGUAAAUAGUUUAGAUGAUAAUAUAAGAGUAUAAAAUGAUAUGUUUGCUUACUGGACAUCUAUAUAUAUGUACUAUACACCUAGUGCAGGUGUUGUAUAAUACCAGGAUUCGAUUAAUAUCAAAUUUUCUUCUGUAAAAAUGCUAAUUUAUAUUGUUGUUCUCCGUAUGUUUCAUCAUUUUAGAUUAAUUUACCUUGCAUGAAAUACUCUGCAGUACUUUACAGGUCCAAUUUCAUACAGAUGAUCAGUUUAAAUUGAUAUUUAUAGAAGAAUUUUAGGAAUGUAAGAGUAUAAUGAAAAAAUAUCGUCUUGAGGUCAUAUCGACCUCUUAAAGCACUUCACAGUACAAGACACAUCCACUCACACAUUCAUACAGACCAGCCAUUCACAGCGCUCUAUCUAUCACACAUCAUUGACACACUGCCAGAGGAAAUUUGGGGGUUUUUCCCCCCCGAGGUCACUUCAGAAUGCAGACUGGAGGAGCCAGGGAUCGAACCACCGGCGUUCUGGAUACUGGUUCUAACUCCUGAUCAACAGCCGCCCAAAACAAAAGGUUUUCACAAAGAAAAUCAUCUUCAUCAUGCAGCUAUUUAGUGUUUGUUCUACACUGUUUGUAUUUUAUGGCAAAUAAGUGUUAAUUUUACUUUCAUGAAAAAAGUAUUGUACCAAUCAGUAUCUUAGAGGAAAUAUUAAAAUAUGAAAUACUGCAUUCCUGAAGUCUUUCCAUUCUUCUUUAGUACAAAGUGUUAUUUCAAAAUAGUAUUAAGUUCAUUGUGAUCCGUGUGUUUAUCAUCUGUUCUAAAUGAAUGGUGUCGGUCUCAUAAAUUAAUUUCAUUCCUCUGUAAUUAAAGACAGUGGUAAUAAAAUGAUUGACUUGCUCUCAGUAUGACUGUCUAUGUUUUUAUGAUGUUGUGAAACUUGAGUCACUUAAUAACUGUAAUAAAGUUGU